AUGGCGGCGGCCCGGAAGCCGGUGCUCCUUGGGCUUCGAGACGCCGCGGUGCGCGGCCGCCCCACGGGCCCGAGCGCCUGGACGGCUAGCAAGCUGGGCGGCGUUCCGGACGCCCUGCCCGCCGUGCCCGCGCCCAGGCCGGUGUGUGAACGUUGCGGCCAGCCGCUCGCCCUGGUGGUGCAGGUCUACUGCCCGCUGGACGGCUCCCCGUUUCAUCGGCUCUUGCACGUGUUCGCUUGCCCCCAGCCGGGGUGCGGCAGCUGCGGGACGCGCAGCUGGAAAGUGUUCCGCUCCCAGUGUCUGCAGACGCGAGAGAAAGAGGCACAGGACACGCAGAAACAGGAAAAUGGCCUCACAGCCAAGGAUUGGUGUGAAGGAGCAGAUGACUGGGGAAGUGACAGUGAGGAGGCGCCCCCACCACAGCUUUCCUUGGAUUCAGGAAAUGAUUCCAGUAGUGCCAGAGAUGCAGACUGGACUGUCCAGCUCCAAGACCUUCGCCUGCAGGAUAGUGUCCCGGUUGCUGCUCCUCCUGUGUCUUCUGGGGGAAAGAUGGCCUUGUCCUCUGUGGUACCGUGGUUCCUGCCCUACUACAUUUGUGUGGUAGACGAGGAUGAUUAUGGGGACUUCGGCAGUCUCGAUCAUGCUCACAGCCUUCUGCGGGAAUACCAGCAGCGGGAGGGAAUGGACAUGGAACAGCUGCUUUCCCAAAGUUUUUCUAGUGAUGGUAGUGAAAAAUAUGAGAAGACCAUAAUUAAAAAUGGAGAUAAGAUGUUUUACAAAUUCAUGAAGAGAAUUGCUGCUUGUCAGGAGCAGAUUUUAAGGUACUCCUGGAAUGGAGAACCCCUUUUUCUGAAGUGCCCACCAUCAGAUGUCACAGACCUUCCAGGCUGCAGCCACUGUGGAGGCCAGAGGAUAUUUGAAUUUCAGCUUAUGCCAGCCCUGGUCAGCAUGCUCAGAAGUGCUGAUUUAGAUGUUUUUGUGGAAUUUGGAACAAUUCUGAUUUAUACGUGUGAGAAGAGUUGCUGGCCUCAAAACCACCAGACUCCCUUAGAAGAAUUUUGCAUUAUACAAGAAGACCCAGAUGAAUCAUUAUUUAAGUAGUAUUUUCCCUUUCUAUUUAUAUAAAUUAUAAUAAAUUGUAAUGUCUUUUUCUCUCAUUUUGACAAGUUAUUAACUCUUAUUUUCAAGACUUGCCCUUUGUGCUUUUGGCCCCAGUGCUGCAGAUGGGACCAGGAUCUAGAGCCUCUUGAUUGUGGCCUAGUCUGCCCUUCCAGCACCAGUGCCCUGCCUCCAUCUUGGGACUUGGGAAUGUGGCUCUUCUCUAAACCAGAGGGCAGGUGUCCCCCGCCCAGGCAGCCGGUCUGCAUUUUAGAAGGAAAUGGGGGGGCAGCUGAAGCCCCAAGAGUGGGAGCGGGGAGGCAGCCUCACCCUGCUGCCUCUGCACUCCACUGCUGUUAUCAGCCCCUGCUCUUCUGCUCCCUGAGUCAGCAGUAUGAAGACACCCUACGAGCUGUGUGCAGACCUGCUUGCCUGUGUAGAUGAGGAAACUAUGUAUUAAUAUCACAAUUUGAUUUGCAUCUCUGAGAAAUAACACAUCAGCCCCAUAUUAUCAUGAGAUGCUGUUCUAGGCAGCGUAUGGCUGAAGACACCCCACCUGACCCUCCUGGGGCACCUGUGGUGAAGGGGCUGGCUGUGCCCAAGCUGAAGGUGCUGCUCAUUGGGGCUACAGGCACACUGGGGGUGCGGGGUUGGACUUGUGGCUGGAUUCCUCAGCUGAAAAUUAGAAAUAAGCGGAAUUAAAUGCUAACUACUGAAUGGCAUUCCUUCUGCAGGACUGUUGACUCACUAAAUUGUGUUCCUCUCUAGGACUGACUUUACCCACUGAAUUACACCCCCAGUUCGCGCCUCCUGAUAAAUCAUUAACUGGUUUUCCCUGCAUUCCUGGGAACUUGGAAAAGUGAUUGUGUUCCAUCCCUAAUAAAAUUCUGUCUUUCUGAAUUGAUCCUGACAUCAGAAACAAAUACCUUCUAAUUUCUGAGACAACACCCUGCUGGGAAUGUCAAACACGUUGACUCCCAUCAUGGAGACUGACCUGCACCCUCUGGGACCUGGAGAUAAGCCCUGACUUCCUGCACAUUCCUUCGCCCUUAUAAAAUCCCAGCACUUUGCCAUUUGGGGAGCUAGUAGGGUGCUAUCUCAUCAACUCCCCACUGGCUAUCCCCACUGGCUAUAUUUGAUUUCUCUGUUGAUGCUGGCGAAGUAGCCACGAGUAUCAGAGAAUGCCUCAGACUGUCAGACCACGCCAACUGGAGCAAAACAAACUGCUCAGAGUUACGGUAUAUUACU